AUGGGAAAAUAUAGAAAGAGGUUUAAUGAGAAAGCCCGAAUGGGCAUGCUCGCCAAACAAGCAGAUCUGAAGAGGGCGAGGCAGAAGCAGUUCAACCGGCAUCUAGAUGAUGGCACUGCUAAUCCUGCCCCAGUGGUUGAAGCUGUCUCCACCGAGCAAGAUGUGAACUCCGAAUUUAUCAAGCCGAUGUCGGAGGAGGAAAAGAAGGUUCGCAAACACAGAAUGGAAGAGGAGUUGUUAUCACAGCAAGAGACCAAAGUUUCGAAGAACAAGAAGAAGAGACUGGACAAAUACAUCGAGCAUCAGUUGAAGAGAGAAGAAAAGCAGAUUCUGUUUAAAAAGCUCGAAGAGACCCGAAUUGACUCUUCUGUGUUGAAAUCUGCCAAGUUGCUGGGAACUGGAAACACUCUGACGAAAAGGGAACAGUUCCAGGAAGCAAUGACCUUGGAGAGCCAAGGGCGUGGCACCGAGGAGACAAAAGAGUUUCUUUACGAGGAGCGAGAAGUGAAGGCAUGGGACCAAUCAGAUGACGAGCAUGUUGAUUCUGAGGAGGAGAAGGACACAUUCAAAGAUACUCUGGCUCUGGCCUCCAGUUUUGUCGAUUACAGACCCACCAACGUGGGAGGUAUGGGAUCUGGGUUUGCUUUCCAGAAUAUACAGAAAGUUGAGAAAAAAAAGGUGAUCAGCAACAAGUUUACUUGGAGACAAAUGGUGGAGGAGGAGGGGAGUGUCAAGCGUAAGGAAAAGAUAGAGGAGGAGCAAGAUUUCCUGACCAGCGAUAGUGAUGAAGAAGACGAAGGAGAUGAGGAAGAGGUAGCUAGCGAGAGCGAAGAAGAGGAAGAAGAACAAGAGACCGGGGAAGAUGAUGAAGACGAGGAUGUUGAAGACGAGGAAGAUGAUGGCGAUGACGAUAACGACAAUGACGACUACAACGACGACAAACCACGACUUUCGAAACCCGAGUACAGCCAGACCGCCAGUGCCUUCAAAAACUGGGCAGAAUUGCAGGUAGAACAGAUCAAAGGAUAUCAGAAAGCUGACUUACUUCCAACCACCAACCUCAAGCAUUAUGAGCCUCUUGAAAGACCAGAGGAUAACGAAGACAGAUUGCAGGAUGACUUCAUACCCAUUAACGAGGACCUGGAGCGUAAAGUGGACUUCGUGAUGAUCAACCGUGAUCCCCAAAUUCAGCAGUCUAGAAUGAUGUUGCCAGUCUUUGCCGAGGAACACAGGAUCAUGGAAGCUAUUCACCACAACGAUUGCAUAGUGGUGAGUGGUGAGACCGGUUCCGGUAAGACUACACAAAUCCCCCAGUUUCUGUACGAGUCUGGUUAUGCCAAUAAGGGACUCAUUGGUAUUACCCAGCCCAGACGAGUGGCAGCUAUGGCCAUGGCUGAGCGUGUUGGUAAAGAGAUGGGGGACCAUGGAGAUAGGGUUGGUUACCAAAUUCGGUUUGAUGCCAGCAUCAAGGCCAACACCGCGAUGAAGUUCAUGACUGAUGGUGUUUUGCUGCGGGAGAUGAUGAACGACUUCAUGGUGAGCAAGUACUCGGCUAUCAUUAUUGAUGAGGCUCAUGAAAGAAACACAAAUACUGACAUUCUAAUCGGAAUGCUUAGCAGGGUAUUGAAACUCAGAAGAGAGUAUCACGAGAAGGACCCGAGUAAGUACCAUCCGCUGAAGUUGAUCAUCAUGUCAGCUACUCUAAGAGUGACUGAUUUCACUGAGAACGAGAAAUUACUCAAAAACCCUCCCCCAGUUAUAAAGAUUGAAACCAGACAGUUUCCUGUCUCUGUUCACUUCAACCGUCGCACUGCUCCAAACUAUACCGAAGAAGCUUUCAAGAAAACGUGCAAGAUCCACCAGAGGCUUCCUCCUGGCGGCAUUUUGAUAUUCUUGACCGGUAAGGAUGAGAUUAACGAUGUGGUCAAAAGACUGAGGAAAGAGUUUCCUACAAAGAAAGCACAGGAGGAUUCGGUAGAGUUCAGGGUAAACUCCAAGAAUGCGGAUACUGAGAUCGAAGACAUUGAUUUCAGCAUUGGAGCUGAGGCAGAGAUCAAUGAGGAAGAAGAUGAUUACCUUGAGGAGGACGAAGAGGAAGAAGAAGGAUUUGAAGAAACACUAGAAGAAGGCCAAACAGGCCAAGAGCCUCUCUGGGUUCUUCCUCUUUAUUCCCUCCUUUCCACGAAAGACCAGAUGAAAGUAUUCCAGCCUCCUCCUGGUAACUCCAGACUAUGUGUCGUGUCCACCAACGUUGCUGAGACCUCCAUCACCAUUCCUGGAAUAAGGUACGUAGUUGAUUGUGGCCGUGCCAAAGAGAGGAAGUACAACGAGGAAACUGGAGUCCAGAGUUUUGAGGUUGGGUGGAUCUCCAAGGCCAAUUCCGACCAAAGAUCUGGUAGAGCUGGUCGUAUUGCUGCUGGUCAUUGCUAUAGACUGUACUCGUCAGCCAUUUAUGAGAGUGAUUUUGCUCAAUUCAGCAAGCCUGAAAUUCUGAGAAUGCCCAUAGAAAGUGUGGUUCUGAAUAUGAAGUCAAUGGGCAUCUCGAACGUGGUGAACUUUCCGUUCCCUACACCUCCUGAGCGUUCCACUUUGCAGAAGAGUGAAAAGCUGCUACAGUAUCUUGGAGCUCUAGAUAAGGAGUCAGAGAUAACAGACCUCGGCAAAAAGAUGAGCUUCUUUCCGCUGAGUCCCAGAUUUGCCAAAAUGCUGCUGAUGAGCAACCAGAUGGGAUGCUUACCUUAUAUGAUAGCCAUUGUUUCUGGACUGUCGGUUGGCGACCCUUUUCUUACAGAGAACGAGCUUGGUUUGAACCAGAGAAGCAACGAUGACGAAGACGAGGAGGAGAGAUUGAGCAUCAAAGAACAGGAAUCGCUGAGAACCUUACGUUCCAAGUUUUUCAAAUCUCAGCAAAUGUUCACCAAACUUGACAAGUAUAGUGAUUGUUUCAAACUGCUUUCUGCAGUGUGUGCUAUAGAGCAUGUGGAUGAUCGUUCUGAGUUCUACAGUUCGCAUUUCCUUAGAGCCAAGAUUAUGGAAGAGAUUUCUAAGCUGAGAAAGCAGCUUCUUUAUAUCACAUCUACUAUCGUGUCGAAAGACUCGGUUGCUGCCAAAGAGCAUGAGGUUAGAAUCCAACCGCCUACCAAAGUGCAGGUAUCGGCUCUCAAACAAAUGGUUGCCUCGGGGUUUGUGGAUCAAAUCGCAUUGAGGUCUGACUUAAUACCUCAAUGCGAGUACAAGCUGACCAAUAAGACUCCUGUUAUCGGUGUCCCAUAUUGCUCUAUUGUACUGGGUGUUGAUCAACUGGUGUACAUCCACCCCAGCUCCAUGCUGCGCGAACUCGGGGAUAAGCCUCCGCAGUACUUGGUAUUUCAAUUGAUUCAACAGGGUCAAACUGGCAAACUAAGAAUUAAGCCUCUUUGUGAUAUAAGCGGUUUGCAACUCUACAAUUUGGCAAAGAAAAGCGGACUGGUAAGUCUGUCAAAGCCAAUCAAACCACCCACUGUUACCAGUUCCACUUCUAGAGAGGCAUACUGUAUUCCUCGGUUUGGUUCCAACAAGGUGGAAGUUGACUUGCCAGUGGUUAAACUGCAGCAAACAAAAUCGAACGGAUUAUGGAGUUGA